CUGCGAUUGGUGCUGCCUCGUGCGGGGCAUGCUGGGACGCCGCGGGGCAUGCUGGGACGGCUCGCUGGCGGGCGGCCGCGGGCGGGCAGCGGCGGUGAGGGGAAGCGGGAGGCGGCAGGAUGGUGAAGCUGACGGCGGAACUGAUCGAGCAGGCGGCGCAGUACACCAACGCUGUGCGGGACCGCGAGCUGGACCUCCGGGGAUAUAAAAUUCCUGUCAUUGAAAAUCUAGGUGCUACCUUAGACCAGUUUGAUGCUAUUGAUUUUUCUGACAAUGAGAUCAGGAAACUGGAUGGUUUUCCCUUGUUGAGAAGACUGAAAACUUUGUUAGUGAACAACAACAGAAUAUGCCGUAUAGGUGAGGGACUUGAUCAGGCUCUACCCUGUCUGACAGAACUCAUUCUCACCAACAAUAGUCUUGUGGAACUGGGCGAUCUGGACCCUUUGGCAUCUCUCAAAUCACUGACUUACCUAAGCAUUCUAAGAAAUCCUGUGACAAAUAAGAAGCAUUACAGACUGUAUGUGAUUUACAAAGUUCCACAAGUCAGAGUACUGGAUUUUCAGAAAGUGAAACUAAAAGAGCGUCAGGAAGCAGAGAAAAUGUUCAAGGGCAAACGGGGUGCACAGCUUGCAAAGGAUAUUGCCAGGAGAAGCAAAACUUUUAAUCCAGGAGCUGGUUUGCCAACUGACAAAAAGAAAGGUGGGCCAUCUCCAGGGGAUGUAGAAGCGAUUAAGAAUGCUAUAGCAAAUGCAUCUACUCUGGCUGAAGUGGAGAGGCUGAAAGGGUUGUUGCAGUCCGGUCAGAUACCUGGCCGAGAACGCAGAUCAGGACCCACUGAUGAUGGUGAAGAAGAGAUGGAGGAAGACACAGUUACAAACGGGUCCUGAGCAGUGUGAGAUGUGUAGUAACAGACCCUCUGGGAACAAAUCUUGCUUUUUGAAUGUGGUUUAACAGCUUGUCAGCAAAGUGGAAUCUGUCAGCAUUGUUGAAAUGCGUUAGACUGCUGUUUUGGAUUUUUUUGUUUUGGUAAUAUAAACUUUGAAAACUAAAUGUCCGUUUUCUACAAAUAAUAAAAAUAAAGGCCACAUACUGUGCUGCCAA